GCUUCUCUCCAAAUGGAGUUUGAUGCGAUUUGAUUCCAAAUUAAUUAGGAUCUAGUAUGAUUACCGGAUACCUAAAGUUAGUAAAAAAAAACUAUGAGCGGUAGCAUGGAACUUUCCCUAGGAUUAGGGGUAAGGUUUUCUUUGAGGAUUGGACUUUUGGUGUCGGCCGGAUCCCAAGCUUUACUUAAGCGAGUAUGGAUCUUAUUUCUUUUCAUUCUGUGUGGUUGUUCAUUAACGAGGGGUGGAGUGUUCAGAGAUAUGGUUAGAGGGCGAUCAACAAAGGAUGGAAUGGAGGAAUUGAUGGCGGUAAUGGGGUCAUGGUUCUCUUUGUCAGAAAAAGAGGACCAUGGUUUGCAGCUGGGGGAGAUCUUGGUGGAUAUGGAGAAGGAUGAGGAGUGACUGGUUUCUGGGAUCUGGGAUCUGGUGGGUACGGACUAAUGAGGAGAGGGUUUAAUGUACAAGCGAUGGAGAAGACUUUGGCUUCAGCUUGGAGGCCUUUCCAAGGGAUGUAUGUGCGGCUGUUAGGGGACAACUUUUUCUUAUUCCGAUUCUCUCAGAGAUCGGAUGAGGAGAGAGUGAUGCAAGAUGACCUUGGCUAUUUGGGAGGUAGUAGGUGAUGAGAUUCUAAGAAGGGAUAUGCUUCGAAGAAUUCCUUUCAAGGUGAGGAUAUAUGGAGUUCCACCUUAUCGCUUCUCUGUUGCUACUGUUCGUUCAAUUGAGGCCUCUAUAGGGAAUUUGUUGGCACUGGAUGUGGGGGAUGGAUGUAUGUAGAAUUCAGAUUUCCUACAGGUUCGGGUUGAGGUGGAUGUUGGUCAGCCUUUGUUGUGUGGGAAGAAGCUUCUGUUAGAAGGAGGUUUAGGUGCGAUUUAGGUAUCUAAAGCUUUAUAACUUUUGUUAUAUAUGUGGCUUGUUGGAUCAUGCGGAAGUGAAUUGUAAGAGGACUACGGUGGAGACUGAUGGUGGAACAAAGAGGCAAUAUUGGG